GUGUCAUUGGAAAGGUGGAUUUCACUGUCAGGCACUUGGCUUCUGGCACCACCUCUUUCCCUACUUCCUGGCAGUUUUCAAAUAAUCAACCAUGUAUCGGUAACACUGCUCGCCAGUGCUCAGCAUUUACAGCUAGUGUCGCAUCUGAGAAAACGUGGAGCAUGCGUACUACCUUUCCAGAAUACGUUGUUGCUCUUGCUACCAUUGUUGGUUCAGUUCUUUUCACGAUAUUUGGUGGCGUUGGUAUUGCCUGCCUACCGUUAGGACUUAUCACUGCGUUCAUCCGGCGACCAAAGGCUGUUAUCACUCGAUCACAAUAUAUAAAGGAAGCAACUGAACUAGGGAAAAAAGCUCGAGAACUAAAGAAAGCAGCAGAUGGACUUCGCCAGGAAGAAAAAAGUGGUGCGAAGGGCAGGGCAUGGAGGAAAAAUGUGAAAGCAGUUGAAAAGGAGUUGCUACAAUUGGAGGAAGAUGUGAACCUCUUAGAAGAAGCGUAUCCCCAAGGAGAGAAGGUAAGACGAGUGUAUCUCACAACUAUAUCUAAAUUCUUCGAGUUAUCCAACUAUUCUAUGGUCUAUUUUUUUUCCUUUCAGGCAGAAACUGCUUGGGCUUUCACUGUACUCGGAUACUUGGCCAAGUUUAUUCUUGGAAUCAUAGGAUUGAUCGUUUCUGUUGCUUGGAUUGCACAUAUUAUAAUAUAUCUGCUUGUCGACCCUCCUCUUUCCCCUUUUCUUAACGAGGUUUUUAUUAAGCUUGAUGACGUCUGGGGUCUUCUUGGCACUGCUGCCUUUGCUUUCUUCUGUUUCUACCUUCUACUCGCUGUUAUCGCUGGGGCAAUGAUGCUGGGUUUGAAGCUUGUCUUCAUUACCAUUCAUCCGAUGAAAUGGGGAGCUACUUUAAUGAACUCUUUCCUCUUCAAUGUUGGGCUCAUUCUUCUCUGUUCCAUCAGUGUGAUUCAGUUCUGUGCCACUGCAUUCGGAUACUACGCUCAAGCCACCGCUGCUCAGGAGAUCUUUGGCCACACAUUGCAGUCACUUCGAGGAAUCAAGUAUCUCUACAAGUACAACGUGUUCCAAAUCGGGUUUGUUAUCCUGGCUGGAUUGACCUUCCUAUAUUACAUCGCCUUCGGAUGGAGAAGAAAGAAACCUAGCGCCCGUUUCCAGCUCUCUUCUUAAUGUGAAAAUAUUUCCCUUUCGUUGGGGAUCUGAUUGAGUGCUGUCCACACAGAGUGUCUGAUUUGUUUCCGGAUCAUACCGGAAGUACCUGGAGACUCACUCUGCUUGUGCUUAUGAGUUUUUUUUUAUUUUUAAUAUUGUUUCUCCUUUUUUGUUUGUUAUGUAUUUACUGUUUGGUUGAGCAACUGUUAGCUGUCCUGUCUUGUCUUGUCUUGGUUUAUUGUAUUGUACUGUCUUCUGAUGCCAGAUUAUGUAGUGAGAAGCCUUACAUCUCAAAAGACAUUGCCUUAGACUC